CUGGUGGUCCUGGUCCAAUAGGCAUGAAAGGAGAUGUUGGGGAAAAAGGAGAGAAGGGAUCAGAUGGAAGAGAUGGGCUUCCAGGUAAAAUAGGACCAAUCGGUUUACCAGGUGCUACUGGUGAGAAAGGAGGAAAAGGAGAAAAAGGUGAACAAGCUACCACAAUCAGCCAGCCCAAAUCUGCCUUCUCAGUUGGAUAUAAUGUAGACCCAGGCCGCCAUCCAGUUAGUCCUAUGAAAUACCCGUUAGUAAUUACCAACUUUGGGAAUCACUACAAUAAAGAAACAGGCAAGUUUGUCUGUCAACAUCCAGGCAUCUAUGUCUUCCAGUUUACAUCAGGCUCAUCAUCUUCCGAUAACAUUGCAACAAGCAUCAAGAAGAAUGGGCAAUUCAUUGUCUCCUCACUUGAGACUGGUUCAGGCUACAAUUCAGGCAGCAACAUGGUAGUUCUUGAUUUAGUAGCAAAUGAUGAAGUGUGGACUGAGCCGACCAGUGCCGACUAUAACUAUUACUUCAGUAAUGUAUACAUCUACUGUUCUUUUUCAGGCUUCCUGCUUUAUGCAUCUGCAUAAGGAAAUUUCGAAAAGCUAAUAGUAAAUACACUGUAAUUACAAAUUCCAAAUUUGUAACAGAAGUUUUCAUUAGAAGAAAUACACAAAUAUGACAAUUUUUAGAUUAAAUUUUUUUUCUAUCAUUAUUAAAUAAUGUAGUAUUAGUAAAAAGUAGGAAUGCUAUAUUAAGUUUAUACCAGCAAAGAAUAUUCACCAAAAGUGAUUUAGCAUUAAGAAUGUCAACAGCAUUACAGUAAGAAAUAUUAACAACAACAUGCCUAUACUGGCCUGAUACUACUGUGAUAGAAUAUAUGGCAAUACGAUAGAAGGUAGUGAUAUCUGUAUUAAAUAACCAGGCCUGGAAAUGAUAUUUUGUGCAUCCAACCAUGAAAAUUAUCUUCAUCAAAUGCCUCCAGCACCAAAUCUUUACACUAUUAUAGUUAGUAGUACCAAAGAGUAUAAAUAGAACAAGAGCGCAAAGUCCCGUUCGUAAAAACGUCACGCCUGUGUAGGAUGCCCACUAACGGUUGUAUGUUCUUUUUAUUACCCAGUACAGCGCUGCGCGCAGUGCGGUAGGAGUACGCCCGCUAUAAACUCAAUAAGCAGAAAACAAAAGUACAGUAUUUUGUGGAGAACAGAUAAACAGACAAACCGACCGUGCGCGGUGGAGUACUGUGUAAU